UGUCUUAAAGGCGGGAUGGUGUUCGGAAAGCCGAGUGGCGAUUGGCCGAAGCGUCUGCGAGGCCGGCGGUCGGCAAGAAAGGCGGUCUACGAUUGGCCGACGGCAGCACGGACGCCGGUUACCGCUUCGUUUAACAAAGAGGCCGGUCGUUUCUUCGGCGGCGACUCUCCACAAGCUCUUCGCUUCUCCAUUCGACACGUCGAAAGGAGCCGUGUCGGCCGGCCGCUCGAUAGGCCAGCAAAGAGGAGAAUUACGGGGGCUAGCAUGGUCCAACGGCGGCGGCAACAACAGCAGAGACGGCAGCAUGGCGGCAAAGAGGCGCCUUCGUCGGUGGCGGCUCACAUCAAACGGCCCAUGAACGCCUUCAUGGUUUGGUCCAAAAUGGAGCGCAGGAAGAUCAUGGAGCAGUCGCCUGAAGUGCACAACGCCGAGAUUUCCAAGCGGCUGGGCAAACGCUGGAAGUCUUUGGACAAAUCCGAGAAGGUUCCGUUCGUUCGCGAGGCCGAGCGGCUCCGCCUACAGCACAUGGCCGACCACCCUGACUACAAGUACCGACCCAAGAAGAAGGGCAAGACGGCCCACACUAGCGUCCGAGGAGGCGCCAAGCAGCAGCGAGCUCGGCCCGAGCCGGGAGGCCGCUUCGUGCUCAAGCGGGACUUUAGUGACUCGGAAGAUGAAGAGGAACCCGCACAGGAUUCGACCUGGCUCCUCUUCCAGAACACUACGCGCCAGCUGUCCGCCGGAACCUUCUUUCUGGACACGUCUUCUUCGUCGUCGUCGUGCUGCGGGGACGAGCGGGACCUAGAGCCGCUCAGCCCCCCCGCCUCAGAACCGGUCAACAUCAGCUUCUCUCUAGUCGACAAGGAUUUGGAUAAGGACCCGAGCGCCUUCGAGCGGGGCCACGGCUCCCACUUUGACUUCCCGGACUACUUCACGCCCGAACUCAGCCGAAUGAUAACCGGGGACUUCUCGGACCUUGUGUUCACCUUCUGAACCGGGCCGGGACUUUGUUGUUCCUGAAGCGACCCCUACCAACUGUUUUUGUAUGGUUUUUCUUCACGCACUCGUUGCGGUUUGCUGUAGAAGUGCGUGAAUGUUUUGAGUUGGUCACGUUACAGCAUUAGAGUUCUGCUUCCUGUUUUGUCAAAUUUGAAAGGAAACGUUAGACAAAUGGCCAAUAAAUAAGGAUGCGACA